UCUGACAGUCAUCUAUCUUGGAAGCAUCUUGCAUAGAGUUUUCAGUAGAAUGGAAAGUCUGAAUGAGCUUCAGAACCCCCUGUUAGCCAAGAACAAUGGACACCUCCAUGGCAGUUAUACUUUCCACCAGCACAGCCACCAGGACUAUGCUAGCCACCGUUGUCCAGGCAAACUGUACUCUUACAUCUUCCAAAACUCUGGCAAUGCAAGGACUCACCAGCUGCUGGAUGCCAGUUCUCUACAGUUGGCUGUUGAAGCACUGUAUGGUCCAAAUUUUAUCCUGGUAAAAGAUGAGACCAGUGUCAAAGUCAAGGACAACAAAGUUGAGAGUUGUGAGACAACCUUCACGGAAAACAAAGAGCCCCCCAUUGAACCUUCUGAUGGGCAGGAAUCACAAGGACGAUCCCUCAUGGAGAAUGACAUCAAAAUCCAGACCGUGUCCUAUGAAGUGGAGGAAGAAGAAUUCCAGGAAUAUGAAAGUGACUCCUCAAGCGACAGUGAGAGUGAAGAUCAUUUUCUGAUGCUUCCCCCUCGGGACCACCUGGGCUUGGCCAUUUUCUCAAUGCUUUGCUGUUUCUGGCCUUUGGGAAUUGCUGCCUUCUACUUUUCUCAAGGGACCAGCAAAGCAGUCUCCAAAGGGGACUUCCACCUGGCCAGUUCAGCUUCCCGGCGAGCUCUGUUCCUUGCUGCACUCUCCAUCACUAUUGGCACAGGAGUAUAUGUUGGAGUGAUUGUCGCACUGAUUGCUUACCUAUCUAAAGGUGGACAUGUAUAGGAAAGGCCUUUGUACAAAAGCUCAUCUCUCAUCACCUGAUGGACAAUCCUCUUGAACUAGGUCCUUUCCUAUGAAAUAGAGGACACUAUGCU